AAAAUACUUAAUAAUUCAUCAAGUUUAAAUAAUAAAUUUCUAGUGGAAAUAUCAUUAUAACUGCCAGAAAAAUUCAUUUUCAAAAUUUGUUCAAUUCUUUGGAUUUACCCAAGAUCCAAAUAAUUUAAAUUAUAUAAUAGUAAUGAGUUGUGCAAAAAAAGGAAGUUUAAGAAAAUGUUUACCUGAUAUAGUUAAAUUGAAGUGGCAAGACAAAUUACAGUUAUUGGAAAAAAUUAUAUUAGGACUUAAAGUAAUUCAUGAAUCAAAUUUAACUCAUCGUGAUUUUCAUGAUGGUAAUAUUUUAAUAUCAGAUGAUCACAAUGAAGUAUUUAUCAUUGAUUUAGGAUUAUGUAAACCUAUAGAUGAUUUACAAGAUUCUGGAAAUGAUGAAAUUUAUGGAGUUUUGCCUUAUAUGGCACCUGAAAUAUUAAGAAAAAACCCCUAUACUCCAGCAAGUGAUAUUUAUAGUUUUGCAAUGAUAAUGUGGGAAUUUACUUCAGGUAUUCCUCCAUUUAAUCAUGAAGCACAUGAUCAUAACCUCAUCUUAGAUAUUUGUAAUGGAAACCGUCCUGAAAUUAUAAAAAAUACUCCAAAAUGUUAUAUAGAUUUAAUGGAAAAAUGUUGGGAUUCAAAUCCAUUAAAUAGACCAUCCAUAAUAAUACUUGAAAAUAUUAUAUCUGAAUGGAAUAGAUGUAUUGAUAAAUAUUUUAUUAUAAAUAUUGAUGGAAAUAAUACCCUUGACGUACCUAAUGUUGAUAAUCAGUUAAAAAGUAAUAUAUUGGAAUUUGUAAAAGCAAAAGAAACUUUGGUACAAGAACAAGAAAAUAUUUCAAUUAUACAAUCUCAUCCACAAGCAUAUUAUACAAGUCGCAAGCUUACUAAAAUUUUAAUUCAAGAAGAAUCAGAAGAAACUCAGUGUUUUGAUGAAUUUAUAAUUUAAGAUUAGUAAUUCUGCUAUUUAGUAUUCUUUAUUUGUUGGAUAUUUAUUAGUUAUUAUAUGAAAAAUAUUCUGUUUAUAUUGUAUACUUUUUACAGUUGCUAUAAUAGAGUAAAAAGAACUAUAUUAUUAUAUACAAAUAUAUUAAUUAUUGAGCUCUGAUUUCCAUCUCAAGUUUACUAUAAGAUUAUAGUGAAGAAUUU